AAGUGUUAUUAACUGAAUCCGUAAAACCCAAAAAAACCAAAAAUCUCGAAAUAAUAUCCAAAGAAACUGAUCUGAAUAUCUAAAUUAGUUUGCAAUAAAAGUAUUUGGAACAUAAAUAUGUAUUUCAAAUAUUCAAUUUUAUAUUUAUUUUUGAUACUUCCUCCGUUUUACAAAGAUUGUCACUUAGACAUUUUUAACACAUAUUAAAAAACAGAUUGAAAUACAUUUAUGUUUUCGUUAAUGUCAUCUAUUUAACCAAUAUUAUUUUAGAUAAAUAAGUUUAUUUAUAAGAUCAAUGCAUUUUACAAUUAAUAUUGAACUAAAAGUAAGUACAAAUUGUAUUAAAAAUUAUAAAACGAUAUUUUUUAGGUAACAAGAAAAAAAUGGUAAAGUGACACUUAAUAUGAAACACCGGAAGUAUGAUAUCUAAAGAUAAAUAUUUAAAUAAGUACUUUAUAUAUCCAAUUCUAUAUAAAUAAAUAAAUGGGAAAAUUGCCAAAACAGAAUAAAAAAACAGAAUGGUUGUCCCUAUGGUAUAAAUUCAAAUUAAAGUUGUCCCUAUAGUAUAACUUUCUUCAUAAUACCAAAAUUAACCUUAAAUUAAUUCCAUUAUUAAUGAUUAAUUGUAUUUAAAAAAUAGGGAAAUCGUUUUGUUUAAAUCAGUUUGUUUAAAUGGGGAAAGAGUUAAAAAAAAAAUAAAACAAAACACGGUAGCCUCUAAUUCCCCGUAACCCUAAAAAAAAACAAUCACGGUAGCCUCUCUCUUUCACGGCGACGAAGAAGGCGAUUGCGUCUUCUCCGGUGAAAUCAACGGCGAGUGCUUACGCCACCGGUGGAAGCCCUUUCUCUCUUCCUACCGGUGGAACCUCUUUGUCUGGAUCUCUUUCUAUCUCGACAAACAAAGGCGAUUUAUUAGGUUCUAUUGGUCGUUGGUGAAAUCGAGUUUGUCUUCAACCUCCCCGCCUCUCUCUUUCUCCGACAUUGCUAGCACAUAAGGUAUGUUCUCGAUACUUCAUUUGUUCCUUGGUCGUUGGUGAAAUCGUGUUUUUUCUUCAUUUAUUAGGUUUCAGUCUUAAAGUUUGUUCCUUUCUCCUUCUUGUUCUAAUACUUUUCUCUGGAUCUCUUUCUAUCUCGACAAACAAAGGCGAUUUAUUAGGUUCUCUUGGUUGUUGGUGAAAUCGAGUUUGUCUUCAACCUCCCCGCCUCUCUCUUACUCCGACAUUGCUAGCACAUAAGGUAUGUUCUUAAUACUUCAUUUGUCAAGCGGUUUGUUUUCUUCAUUCGGGUUUGAAGUUAGCAUUUCUCUCUUUCUUUAUCCGGUUCUUUAUUGCAUUUCUCUGUGUUUGAGUUUUUCAUUUGGGUUACUCUUUUUAUGUUCGUUUCUUAGGAUUAUAAGUGUUGUUAACUGAUUAUAUGAACAGAUUUCGAUUAUGAAUUGGCUUACUUUGAUUAACUGCUUUAUAUUGUGAAUUGAUUUCGUUUAUCAUGGGCUGGUUUAUUGAUUUACUUUCUGUACAGAAUGAUAGUUUUUAUCUUUCUGAUUUUAGAAUUUGUUUGACUUUUCUCUUGUGUUUAUCUCUGCUUCACUGUGAAGUUACAAUCAAUUUCAGUCUAUAACUAGAAUCAAUUUUUUUUGUCUUUUCUAGAUAUGGAGUUAGAGCUACCUAAGCGAGUGUAUGCAGAGGGUUUAGAACCUCAGGUGAAGAAGAUCAAUAACUGCUGCCGCAUGGAACUUAUCAGAGAUCUGAAGAAAGCUAUGCCUGCGGAGUACGAUGAUGUCAAGAUAGAUCCUGUUUUCAAACAUAUCAUGGCGAUUGCAGAAAAUAACCUCAAGUUUUCGGGGAAAUUGGUGGAUAGCUUCUUGUGUAAGCAGCUGAUUACCUCGAAGAUGCAUGAGAGGUGGUUUGUAUUUGCGAGGAAGCCUCUCCGGUUUUCCCUUCAGGAGUACCACGCUGUGACAGGCCUCAAGAUCUCGCGGGAAAGUAGCUGUGACGUAGUUAAAUGGAAAAGUGAUGGCGGAUUUUGGAGUGAACUACUAAGGACAGGUGGUAAGAUCACCUUGCAGUCGAUCAAAAAGGUGCAUCUACAAGAAGUUCACAGCUGGUCUCGGCGUGAUAGGAUGAGGUUGAUCUACUUGUGUGUGAUAAUGGGUGUUGUGAUGGGGAGAGAUGAGAAGGUGAACAUCCCUCAUAUGUACAUCAAGCUGGUGAUGGAUCUUGAGAAGCUUCGGAACUUCCAUUGGGGUCUUCACUCCUAUGACUUCUUACUGAGUUCCAUUGAGAAGGUUAUGAAGAAGUUGGGUAAGAAGAACAGCUACAUUUUCGAGGGGUUCUCCUAUGCGUUCCAGAUUUGGAUUAUGGAAGCAAUUCCGGAUUUUGGAGAAAUAUGUGGCAGCAAAGUCUCGGACAGUUUUAGCGGUCCAAGGUGUGGAAAUUGGAAAGGAGUUGCAAAAGUUUCUUAUGAAGACAUCAUUCAACUUGAGGAAUCGUUUACUGAGAAGGGAGACUUGUUCUCGGUAAUUUCAGUGAGUGGCAAUGGUGAUGUGUUGAGGCAUGCUGAUUAUACAAGGAAGGAUGAGAUGGAAGAUGAACGUGUGGACCUUCUUCUCGAUAGGAUUAAAAAGAACUUUGAUUGGAGCAACACAGAAUGGCCAGUUAUAGAGGCUGAAGAGACUGAGAUGGAGGAAGCCGAUACAGAGUCAGAAGCUGAUAAGAGUGUGGAUGCUACUGAUAUUGCAGCAGAUGUGGAGACAUCUUCGGUCCAUGUUGCUGGAAGAGGCAAGAGAAAAAUUCAGGAUGAAGGAGCCGAGACAAGAAAGAAGAAGUUGCUGUGUAAGCGAACAGCAGAAAAAAAACAGAGAAUUGAUGAAGAAACUAAGAGUUUCAUUGAGGGUUUGGUCCACUCAUCUGUCAAUUCCUUGGGAGAAAUACUCAGAGAGCAGAUGGCGAGUAUGGAGAGCAUGUUCAAAGAGAGGAUCGGCAACAUGGAGAUCGAGGUUUCACAACUCAGAGAAGCAAGGAGUUUGAGUGCCGAAGGAAGCGUUCCUAAGAGCAAAACCGAUGAAGCUGCGCCUAAGACCAAAACCGUCCAAACUCCAGCAAAGAAAAAGGUCAAUCAAGCUCAAGCUCAAGCUCCAGCAAAGAAAAAGGAUUGGUUAAAGAAUGGUAUAGAAACUAACGAGUUUGAUUUUGGAUUGAGCACACAAGAAUUAAGGGAAUUGUCCCAAGAUACAUUUGUUGAUGGGUUUGAUCUUUCUCAAGUGAAAGUCGAAAACUCAAAACCCUUCAACAUGUCCCCACCGAAGUUAAAUGAUGAGGAAAUAGAUCGAGCCGGAGAAGCCUCAGCAGAUGCGGCAUUGGUGUAUCUUCGUAAAGAGGAUUGGGAAAAAGUUAGCACUUGGUUAAUUAAAUCCAAACCUCUACGGAUUGGACCUUCAUUGUUAGAUGCUGAGAUUGGUACUCGUCUUAUGGAUAGAACCGAGUGGCUUCACAACUCGGAGAUUGACGCCAUGAUGUACGUAUACAGGGAGAGAACAUCUCUGAAACGAUGGAAACUUCACCGUGUCGCCUUCAUGUCUGUUGUCUUCAGCAACAUGAUUAAAAAGGAGUAUGAGAGUUUCAAGGCGGGUAUAAGAAAAUACAAGCUUCAUCAUUUGCUACUGCAGUACGGCAAAGGGGUCCUUCCACCACAUGGACAGACACAAGAGAUAUGGAAUGUAGAUGUGGAUAGGCUGUAUGUCCCUGUUCAUAAGGACUUUACGUUUGCUGCAUAUACGGUUCACUAUGUCCCCAUGGGUAAGCUGAAUAAAAGUGCAUGUGAUUGUGGUGUCUACACAAUAAAGUUUAUCGAGUGCCAUUCGCUUGGAUUGAAGCUGUCCAUGGUGAAUGAUGGUAACAUCAAAGAAGCUCGCCACAGAAUUUUGUGGGAUCUAUGGGAAGCAGCUAACGACCCGGAACUGGUUGAUAGGAUGUCAAAUUAUGAACCUCCAGAGUGUCUCACUUCAACCGUAGAAGAGAUUCUGUGAGAAUCGAUUUUUAAAUGUAAAUAGUUCGGCUUUUAAUCUAACUUUUAGGAUAAAAAGACUUAAUCUAAUGUGUGUCUUCUAGUGUUUUAUUAGGAACAUGAAUGCUCAAUCUAAUGAAUUUCUUUUGGAUUUAUUAUUCUCAGUUUUUCACAAUUUGUUUAUGAGACCCUAAAAAAGUCUUGUUGGAGUCAACAAACAACCGUAACAAAGACCCUAAACAUACCCUAAAAAUACCCUAAACAAAACCCUAAACGAGACAACGUUCGAAAACAUUAUAUGAAACAAAAGAAACUAGACAUUCAAUCAAGAGUCUGAAAAACACCUAACGAGACCCUAAACAUACCCUAAACAGUAACGAAAAUAACAUUAUUCAUGAAUUCUAAUUCCCCGUAGAAAAGGAAUCAACCCAUAUUAGUAUAAAAAACGAAUCAAAUCCAAUACACUUUAAUUGGUUUCUUGUAAACCCGACUUUUGAUCCAAAUAAACAAUAAAACCCGACCAGAAUUAGGUCCACGAAUAACCUAAUACCCGACAUAUUUAAACUAAAAACCCGAGUUUCUCCCAUUUUUCAGAAUUCUCUUCUCUGUCAAUAUCCUUUUUCUCUCUGAAUCAAUUUUCCUAAAACAUGAAUACUCCAAGGCGAUAUUCGUACGGGGUGCCAUCUAGGUGCUGGUGCGGGAAGGGGGUUGUGAUUUUCUAUUCGAGAACAGAUGAGAAUCCUUACCGACGGUUCUAUAGAUGCGAAAUUGGGUCACAGGUUCAUGGUUUCGAUUUGUUUUAGGAUUCACAUACAGAUUUGUUUUCUAUUCAUAUCGAAACUCUUUUGUCUGAAUCGAUUUUCGAUUAAGAGAGACGAACAUGCUAUCCUGACGUUAUUUUUCUUCUAUGCAGCAAAAAAAGGAAACCCAUUUAUUUAAGUGGGUUGAUGAAGCUUUGCUUGAUGAGAUUCAAAAGCUAGAGGCAGAGCAAGGAAGAAUUACAGAAGCAAUUGAAGAUCUGAAAACGAGUAUGAAAGAGACAGUUGAAGAAGAAGUAAGGAAGCAAAAAAAUUCCCUUGAAUUAGGUUGUUUAGGAAGCAUUCUAUUGUGUUUUGGAAAAGUCAAGAAUGAAUGAAACCAAUCUACUGGUUCUUAGUAUUUUGUUUCUAUCUCUUUUGUUCUUACAAUGACUAUGUCACAUUUUAUGGUUCUUACUA